GUGCAGCGUUGAACAAUCGCUGGCUAGUUUAAAAAGACAAAUGAGUGCGAGAAGAGAAUAACCCCCCAGCAUCCACAGAGGGAUCGCCAGCAGGGGUAAAAUGACAGGGAAUCAUAAAAGCUUCAUUGAUUGUCAAUGAUCGUCCACUCGUGGACAGCAUCACGACGAACUAAACUGUGCACCAAUAUCCUUAUAGUCUAUAUUCGUGUUGCCAGUGCCAUUCGAGCGCAACAGUGGGACAGCCGUUGGAGCUUGCCCAACCCCAGCGACCGAGCUGGUGGCGGAGGUGACACCACUCAACGCAUUGACAUCGCGAACCAGCAGUGCCGUGCCGGCAACGUACGACAGAUCUUGCAUCCGCGCAUUGACAGGAAUCUGUGAGCCCCCGGUGUAUGUGGGCCGCGGGGGAUUGGUGACUGACCCUCGAGUUGUGACGUCGGCUUGUCGGAGGGUGGGAUUUGCGG